AUGGCUGCUGAUAAGAAGAAGCACUUACACGAGCUGCUUGAAGAUGACCAAGAGCCUUUUCAUCUCAACCAUUACAUCGCCGACCUUCGAUCUCAGAUGGGUUGCUCCGAUUUGCGUGUCAAGAAGCGAAAGUCUGAAAACGCCGCCGUUUUUCCUCCUCGUUUAUUCUCCUGCGAGAGUUCUUGUUUCUUAGCGACUCAUAAAUCUCCCGACCCGAGAAAAUCUCCUCUCUUCGAGCUCCGGUCUCCGGCGAAGAAGAAGACUCGUGACGGUCGAGUUUUCCUCCAGAUUCCUGCGAGAACAGCCGCAAUUCUCCUGGAGGCGGCGGCGAGGAUUCAGAAGCAACAGUCGGCGAAGGCUAAUAAGACCAACGACAAAACUCGGAACAGAGGAAACGGGUUUGGGAUGUUCGGGUCCGUUUUGAAGCGGUUGACAAACCGUAAAACGAAACCGCGUCUGGAUGACGCCGACGGAAAUGCGGUUUCGUCGGAACGCGGGUCGGAACCGACGAGCAGCAGUAGCCGGCGAGAGCGUUUCGUGGAGAUUGGAGGAGAUAAGUGCUUUUGUGAGAGCCCUUUUCAUUUCGUCCUAACUACAACUCCUUCUUCUUCUUCUUCCGGUCACCGGACUCCCCACUUCACGUCGACGGCUACUUCUCCGGCCAGACGCAGUACAGAGGACGAAGAUAGCGAUGAGACAGAGAGCUUAGAGAAAGCGAGAGGACAAGAAGAAGGAGAUAAAGAAGAGGAAGACAAGGAACAAUGUAGCCCUGUUUCUGUACUUGACCCUCUUGAGGAAGAGGAGGACGACGAGGACCACCACCAGCGAGAGCCUGACGACCAUCUCAAUCUCCUCUCGUGUAGCUUCGAAGUUGUACAACGGGCUAAAAGGAGACUACUCAAGAAGCUUCGUAGAUUUGAGAAGUUAGCGGGGCUGGAUCCGGUAGACCUUGACGGGAAGAUGUCGGAAGAAGAAGAAGAUGAAGAGUAUGAGGAGAGCGAGGAAGACGAUAACGUAAGGGUUUAUGACUCGGAUGAAGAAUAUGAGGACGUUGAUGAAGCGAUGGCACGAGAGAGCGGAUGUGGGGGAGAUGAGAGGAGGAUAAAGAAUGAUGAGAGGAAGAAGAAGUGGAGGAUGAUGAAUAAUGCAUGGAGGGUAGGGCUAGGAGCGGAGGAGGAAGUAGAGGCGGUGGUGCGGAAAGAUAUAAGAGAGGAGGCCGGAGAGUGGAGAAGACACGGUGGAGAAGUGGAGGAGGCCGUGUCCGAUCUAGAGCUCUCUAUCUUCGUCUUCUUGAUUGAUGAAUUUUCCCACGAACUUGUCUCUUCCUCGACAUGUUCAUGA